UUUCUCCCUUCUUCUUUUUUCCAUGCGUUUCUCUGUUUACGCAUUGAUGGUGGUUUUAUGUUGUGAAGAUGCUAUGUGCUGAUGUUGAAUAGGUGGUUUGACCAGCUUGAGCUUGUGGGUGUUUUGGUGGAGGACCCGACCGUAAUCUGAAUCACAUAGGUGUCAAAAAAAAAAAAUUUAGCCCACCCCUGUAAAAAAAUCCUAAAUCCGUCAUUGGUGAUCAUGGCUCGGUUUAGGCACCAAAAACCCUCCUCUUCCAAUUCUUCUCCUUGUCGAUGUCGUUAUGACGUGUUCUUGAGUUUCAGGGGCAAAGACACUCGAAAGACUUUCACAGACCAUCUCUACGCAGCCUUUGUGGAGAAAGGCUUUCCCACGUUCCGAGACAAAGAAGAAGUUGAGAGGGGAGAAGGUAUAAAGCCAGAAUUGCAGAAAGCCAUCCAACAGUCGCGAAGCUCUGUCAUUGUUUUUUCAAAAGACUACGCGUCUUCCGGAUGGUGCCUUGACGAGCUUGUCUUCAUCCUUGAACACAAGAGGAUCUCCUCAGACCAUGUAGUUUUACCAGUCUUCUACGACGUCGAUCCUUCCCACUUGAGGAACCAGACAGGAAGGGUUGGAGAAGCAUUUUCUAGGCAUGAAGAAAAUCAGCAAUCACCCAACAAGAUCAAACAAUGGAGGGUAGCACUUAGAGAAGUUGCAGAUCUAUCAGGGAUGGUCUUAAAAAAUCAAGCUAAUGGGUAACUUCAUUCCAACUACCUCUUUGA